AUGUCAAGCCAACAAGCAACCUCCGGCCUCGCGCGCACCCGACCCAUUCGCAUUUCCGGCAGACCGCCCUUGAGCAGCGCCCAGCCAGCAACGGGCGGCGCGCCUACUCCGAGCACUGCGAAUCAUGUCUUGCUCUUCCUCACCAACCUGCGACUUCUAGACCUCGAUCAGGAACGAGACUGGCCCGGUAUCUCCCAGGUCACGUUUUCCACCAAAGAUGCGGCCGGCGGGCUCAAGAACAGAAUACAAUGCGUCGAAUGGGCACUCUACCAGCUGUUUGUCCUCUGGGACGGCGAGGAAGCGCGGAAUAAGCUGAAGCCCUUCUUCCCGCCGCUUGACCAGGUCCAGUCGAUCAAUCUACGCGCAGCUCUCCUACGAAGCCUCGAGCAGGUAAAGCGCAGUGGGCUCCUGGGACGAGAUGCCGUCUUGCGCAAGACCAUGCUUGACGAGUGCAAGGGCGAACGAUUCGAGGAGGUGCUGGCCGUGUUCUCGUCGGCAGUGUUGAAGAAACUGGUCGCUGAAAGAGCUCUGAACGCCGGACAUGAAUACACUCCCGCAAUCUCGGAAAAGAUAUCACUCGAAAACUAUGGCUACUCUGGCGAUCGCACUCAGAUCAACGCCCUUCUACUAGCCCACAAGUUCUCCUUGCGCAAGGCAUUGGAGGACAAGGUAGCCGCCCGGAAAAAGUAUCGAGACUUUGAAGAAUUGGUUGCAUCAGAACAGCAGAAAGUGGCCAGAAGAAAGGAAGAGCUCAAAGCUACUGCCGAGUCCCAGGCACAUCCCAAUAUCCCCGACACUUUGAUGAAGCAGACUCGCCAGAUGAUAAAGACCAAUUGGACUGGCAGCGAUCAAUGGGCAGACACGCUUCUUCAGAACGAUACGGGCUUGAAUCAAGGAGGCCUGCUUGCCUCUAACUUUAAUCAUGUGUGGUCCGGAGUACGUGCCGGACAGCUUGCGGACAUGGAGAGCGACAGCACUGGCCUUUUAGAAAAACUGGACCAAAGAGUCAGCUUGCAGCGUUCGAGGCUUGAAAAGUGGCAGCAAUUCCGCCAAGAGUUAUUUGGGGAUCAAGCGCAGAAGCAAGUAGACCGCAAGCAACAGGCCAACAACAAGGCACAGCGUGUUGACCUUGGCUUCCAUGCACACAAGAACUUGCUACCGUCGACUGAGGUUGCCAAGUCGUCACCCUCCAACGGGCCUCCAGAGUAUACACAGUUGCUCCAGUCAUUGCGUACAGAAUUGGACACGAUUCGCAAACCUCACAUCCCCAACUUUGCCAAGCUCGCCAGAACACAGAGAGGCGCAGAGUCCUCCAACCUCUUAACAGUAUCUGGAUUGGCGGCUGAACCGAUUUCCGAUCUUAGUGAGUGGGAAGACGAGCCAGAAGACACCAGGCCUGCCUCGAAGACCAUGGCCCCGGCCAAUGCCAAGGUUCUCGGGCGGACAAACAGCCAGCUUGAUCGCACACGAGCACUUCGAAGACCCAUAGCCCGCCAGCGCUCUACAGAUAGUGAUUCUACGCAGGGAUCAUCGGACUUGAUGCGUCCUAGCGCUCAAUACGCAAUACGGACCAAGUCCUCUACUAGCAACGGUAGCGAUGGAUCUCGUGCUGCUGUCGAUAGGGUCCCUAGUGAACCCGUCGUUGAGCAAAAGGUUUUGCUUCGUCCAGAGCCGAAAAUCCUGUCACCCGAUGCGCCCGGCUCCUUGUCCGAAUCCGAAGAUAGAUCAGAAUCCGAUACUGCACUUGAGACUUCUGGAUCGGUUUCACCAACACAGGCAACUGCUGACCAGAUCCUGGCAUCCAUGUCCAAUGCAUCACCCUCGCCUACCAAGAGGCCUCGCCAUACGCUUUCCCUUGCGGAACGGACACGCAUGUCCAUGUCCAGAACCAGCUCGUUUGAACCAGAUGACGAGACCAACCCGCACCUGUUAUCACCGAGUCUGGCUAAGAGCAAUAGAAAGUUUGGUAUUACAAGUCCACCAGUCGCUGAGUCGAGCAAUGGUGACGAAUAUGACGACCUCGUCGCUCGUACCCGUCGGUCAAUGGCAGGGUUCGAAGCAGCAAAACAGAAAGCUCAGCUCGAAAGAAGGCGGUCGCAGAGGCAGAGCAAAUUAAUCCAGCCGCGAAAAGAUGGCUACUUUCCCAAGGUUGACGAAGAGGGCCUGGGCGAUGCUUCGGUCAUGGAAGAGCUCCUGGACGCACAACAGGAGGAUCCAGAGGCUAUCUUCAAAAGUCGGCCCAGGAUGAGAACAAGCCCAGUGCCAAGUCCCCAUGGAAGAUGGGAUGAGGAUGAUGAUGAGCUCUUCUGA